AGCAGAGAGAAGCUGUGGACAUUCACAAGAUGGUGAAGAUGCAGUGGAGUCUGUUUGUGUUCAUUGUGAUGGGUCAGUGUUCCUCCAUUGGGGGUCACCUGUAUGACUACCACUUCAUUGGAGAGAAGAAGACCUGGAAAGAAGCCCAGGAGUAUUGCAGAAAGUACCACACUGACCUGGCCACAGUGGCUAACCAGACAGACAUGCAGAGACUCCAAAACCAUCCAAAGUAUCAAGCAGGAGCCUGGAUUGGGCUGCAUGAAAACACAACAAAGAUCGUGUGGCGCUGGUCUCAGCCAGAGGUGGUGUUCAGCAAGAGUGAGAGAGAGUUUUUCGUCCUCAUAUCUAAACCAGAGAAGAACUACUACGACCACUAG